AUGGUUAACAUUGCCUCCAUCCUCGCCGGUGCUGCUGCAGCCACAUCCUUCAUUAGCACUGUAGCUGCUCAUCCUGGCGAGAAGCAUGAUCACGUCAAGAUCAAGCGUGAGAUUGACGCUCGUGGUCUGCGUGCAGCAGCGGCAAAACGUUCCUUGGCCGAGUGUCAAGACACUCUCAAGCACCGCAGCUUGAUGCGUCGUGCGGAGGCACGUCGUGCAAACACCUUAGAUGCUCUUCGCGAAAAGCGUGGUAUUACUGCAAAGUCCAAAAAGUACCGUCGCGACCUAGCCCUCCUCCAGGAGUUCGAGAACGUCAAUCACAAUAUGACGGGUGUGAUGAGUUACACACCCAACACUCUCGCCAGUGACAUCUUCGCUGCAAACACCUCCUGCAUCCUCUCUCCUGAAGUCACCGACGGCCCCUAUUAUGUCACUGGAGAAAUGAUCCGCAAGAAUGUUGUCGAGGACCAAAAGGGCAUCGAUCUCUAUCUUGAAGUCCAAUACGUCGACGUAAGCACCUGUGAGCCUGUACCACAGCUUUACGUUGACGUAUGGAACUGCAACUCUACCGGCUACUACAGCGGUGUCGAGUCCGGCCAAGGCGGUCUCAACACUACUUUCCUGCGCGGAGUUCAAGAGACUGAUGCGGAUGGUGUUGUAGCCUUUGAAACUCUGUUCCCAGGCCACUACGAGGGUCGUGCAAUACAUACGCACCUCCUCGUCAAGAGCAACGUAACCGUUCGCUCCAACGGCACCACCGGCUCCGAUGGUGCCGUAACACACAUUGGCCAGCUCUUCUGGCCUGAAGACCUCAUAUCCGCUGUCGAAGCUACGGAGCCUUAUGCUUCCAACACCCAGGCAUAUACUAGCAACGAUGAGGAUAUGUGGUCUAUCGUUCAGGCCGACAAUGACUUCGACCCCUUCCCGGAGUACGUGUAUCUUGGGGAUGACGUGGAAGAUGGCUUGAUGGCAUGGAUCCAGAUCGGCAUCAACUCUACAGCUGAUUAUACUGACGAUGAGUACUAUGCUGUUGCUGCGGACUAUCAAGCGGGUGGAGGAGUUGCGAAUGAGAAUGCUAGUGAUAUGGGUGGUGAAGGCGGUGCGGGAGGUAAUGGAACCAUGCCGAGCGGAGCUAUGCCUUCUGGCGCUGUUCCAUCGGGCGCAGCUCCAACAAGUUUGUCAAUACAGGGCUGUGGAACACCAUCCAUCAAACCUUGGAUGGUCAUAUGCAACCCUCAGCACACCGGUCAUGGCGUUUUCGUACCCCGCCCGGCUGACAAGAGGCUUGUUCCAAUCACAUCUUCACAGCCUCCCUCAACCGCAAGAGCCGAGUCUACGAGGACAGUGAAUAACCUCGUCCAAGCCGACGUGGUUCGGAGGGCGUUGUUAGCACACCAUCGUAUCAUGUCAAUGAUAUCUUCUCCUAGCUGUACUUCUCAGGAUAUACAAGCUAUGGUAGUAGCGACGUCCGUUAGCCGAAACAUCUCCAGCGGCAAUGCUGUUCAAAUCAACGGGCCUGUGGCAGAUAAGGUCUAUAAUCUUAACUUCAAGACUCUGGUUGUAUCUCCAGACUGCAAGUGCGGCUGGGGUAUAGAGAUAGUCUCGUCUGGGAACGAAUCAGCACUACCGAGUAGAUGCGCGGCGAAGGUGCCGAACAAGAGCAAAGUACUCAAGACUCCAUCUUCGUCGAAAGUGUCCGGGAAAUUUACUGUACAAUUGCCAAAAAAGACAUCGGAUAGAUGUGUCCUCCAAGGCCAGAAUUUAACUCUCAACUCAAGCACGAGUGACACCCGUCAUGUGGUUCGCGCCAUAUUUCGACCCACCAUUUUGAACAAUUUCAUUGCACACAAGAUUGUGCGCCGUCUAAGUCUUGUAGUGUACAGCGGUUCUUCGUUUACGAUGGAGACUACUUCGGAUCGAAUUCACCUUCCGCCCACCAAUGAUUAUGUCGAUCUCGCUCGCUACUCGCAAGAGGGAAAAGAAGAAUUCGCCAUAUGUCGCUUCUACGUUGUCAAGGAUAGUCGCCAGGCUGAAGUAUUGGCUGUUUUUGCCGCCAUCCAAGCUACCACUCAACUCGUAGAACAAGCCUUCCGAAUUGUCGAUCGCCUUCGCAGGGCGUAUAGUCGUCAAAAAGCUCUGGCUGAGGUCUUGACUCGACACCGUAGCGAACUCGAAAGCAUCAAAGCGAUCAUCGGUAUUAUAGACGAUGAGGAAGACUUGCAAAUUCCUACUGUGGCUACAGAACUAGUCCGACUGCAAGGCGUUCAAGUCAGGCUGGCCGAAUUGCUUGAGAACCUGGAUCCGAAGAUGACAAGUAAGAUGAAUCAGAUUGCACGCCAGCUGACGUCUGGCUCGGCAGACGAGAAGAAACUGGGUGACAUUAUGGAUGAGUUGGUUCAAGUAAAGACGAUGCUUGUGUUGCGGAUCCAAGUCGCCCAUGUCGGAGUGAUACGUACCAUAGGGAAAGAAGCCGUGGUCAAUGCUGAAGCGAUACAGCGAAUUGAUGAGUAUUUAAGGGAGCACGUCCAUAACUGCGAGGGCCUCAAAAUCGCGAAAUUAUUGAAGGGCCGACGUCGAUCAAAUGAUGGCACUGUGCCAUUGACUCUUGCGGACCUUAAGGCUCUGAGCAACGAAGCUAAUGGCGAGGGCGAAGAUAGCGGAGACGAGACGCUUGUUGAUGAUAUUGAGGUGGUGUCACGAGAUUUGCCGGUCAAGACGGAGCGCAUUAUUACACGCAACAUAGCGCGCAACCAGGCUCUUCAGAUCAAUGCUGCAAUUAUAGAGGACCUUUGGAAAGACGUGAACCAUCUCAAGAUUCAUGACAACGUCGCCGAAGACGAGAGUACGCAGGUCAACUAUGCCAUGAAUCGCGAGGCAUUUUCGGUGGUCCUUGAGCAACGGAACAAGGCCGUAUCAGCGCCCCGACAGAAGACGGCAUCAAGCACAUCAGCCCAAAUACCGCCGCCGGCGCCCGCCACAGCCAUGGCGCUCGACACCUUCUUCCACAACAAGAUCGAGACGAUGAAGCUCGAGAUCAUACAGGGCCAGGCCAAGCUACGACGACUCGAAGCCCAGCGCAACGACUACAACUCAAGAGUGCGGUUACUGCGAGAAGAGCUCGGCCUCCUACAGCAGCCGGGGUCCUAUGUCGGCGAGGUGGUCAAGGUCAUGGGCACCAAGAAGGUGCUUGUAAAGGUGCACCCCGAAGGCAAAUACGUCGUCGAUGUCGCCGACAGCGUCGAUAUCAGCAAACUCACCGCCGGCAAGCGCGUCACCCUGCUCAGCGACUCGUACAAGCUCGAGAAGCUGCUUCCCUCGUCCGUCGAUCCCCUCGUCUCCCUCAUGAUGGUCGAGAAGGUGCCCGACAGCACAUACGACAUGAUUGGUGGCUUGGACCAGCAGAUCAAGGAGAUCAAGGAAGUCAUCGAGCUGGGUCUGCAACAUCCCGAACUCUUCGAGUCGCUCGGUAUUGCUCAGCCCAAGGGUGUGCUGCUAUAUGGCCCACCGGGUACAGGAAAGACACUGCUUGCGCGUGCCGUCGCCCACCACGCUGACUGCAAGUUCAUCCGCGUGUCUGGUAGCGAGCUGGUGCAAAAGUACAUUGGUGAAGGCAGUCGCAUGGUCCGCGAGCUCUUCGUCAUGGCACGAGAACACGCACCCAGCAUCAUCUUCAUGGACGAAAUCGACAGCAUUGGAUCAAGUCGAGUCGAGGGAAGCUCAGGUGGUGAUUCCGAGGUGCAGCGAACCAUGUUGGAGCUGCUGAACCAGCUCGACGGUUUCGAGCCCACCAAGAACAUCAAGAUUAUCAUGGCAACCAACCGACUGGACAUUCUAGACCCCGCCCUUCUACGACCCGGACGUAUCGACCGAAAGAUCGAGUUCCCGCCGCCAACCGUCGAAGCCCGUGCCGACAUUCUGCGCAUUCACUCUAGAAGCAUGAACCUGACGCGUGGCAUCAACCUGACAAAGGUUGCCGAGAAGAUGAACGGAUGUUCAGGAGCCGAGCUCAAGGGUGUGUGCACCGAGGCCGGCAUGUACGCACUGAGGGAGAGGAGAGUGCACGUAACGCAGGAGGACUUUGAUCUGGCCACCGCAAAGGUGCUGAACAAGCACGACGACAAGGCGACCAGUUUGAGCAAGCUGUGGAAGUAG